AUGCCAGACCAGAAAGCCGGCAAGCUCGGGCGAGUCCUCAGCUUCGCCAGCAGCAAGUCGAGGAAGUCUGCCUCCAACCAGCAGCAGCCGCUGAGCCCGCAGAAGACCUCGAGCUCGUCGCAGCAGCAGCCGAGAAGCCCCGGCCAGCGCCAGUAUGGCCACGCGAGGAACAAUACCGACCUGUCGGACAAGAGCGCAGACCGGCCGGGCAGCAACAAGAUGCGCACCCACGCCGACCCCACGCUCGCCAUGAGCGAAGCACAGCCUGCUGCAAUUGCGCUGGAGGAGUCGAGUCUCGGACAGCUGCGAGGCAUCCAGCACAAGGACCGCUUCGGCAACCCCAUCAUCGGCGCAUGUCAUACGCCCGGCCAGGUUGGUCCACCACAGCAGCCACUACGACCCGGACUAGUUAUUAUUACAGCUCCAGCUAACAUCCACCGCCCCCCCCUCCAGAUGAGAGUACCAAUGGCCACAGCAGGCCGACAAGCUUCUUUGGAGGUGAUCUACAACACCCAUACUAACCAUGUUUCAGAUCGGUCGAAUGGCCAGUACUACCAACGAGGUGGCUACGACAGCUACUCGGUCUCCCGUGGCUACCAGUCAAGGCCAGAAAGCUACGUCGAUGCGUACGGCAACGGCUACGGUUCGGCCGUGGACAUGAGCCAGUACAACUACAGCAACCAACGUCCUGCUCGAGCCGGACCUCCCCGCCAGGCUCCUCCACCUCGCACUAACUCAGACCCUAACUAUGCCUACAGCUCUUACCCAACACACUACCCCAGCAAUGCCAACUCUUACUACCCCCAGCCGCAGUACCAGGGCCAGCAGGACAACCCGAACUCCAACUCUCCCUCGGGCUCCGGCGGUAGAUCCGUGGACCACUGGGUAAACUCAACAGAUCCGAGCUCUGUCAACAGUUCCAUGGAUAGGUUGGCGCAGCAGCACCAACAACAACAACAUCCCCAAGGCCAGAAGUAUGAUGACCAGCCUGCGGAGUCAUAUGGGUUCGCUGGCUUCGGCACUGAUCCACAGCUAGAACAGUCCCAGCAGUCCCAGCAGCUCAUGAAUCCCGGCCAGGAGAAUAUCUACAGUUCGCCUCCUCAGCAGCAAAUAAGACAACAGUACCAGGCUCCCCCUCCCGUUCCCCGGAAGGAAGUUCCCGUUUCUGUUCCUCCCCCGGCUGUGACAGGGGCAACACUGCAGGAAGGUAAACGCAAAAGCUGGUUCAAGCGCCGGAUUAGCAGGACUUGA